CUUAACACUGUACUUCGUCUAAGAAAACUCAGGCUUUUUCGCAAACACCUUAGACUCCAUGAUCAUUUCAUUGGUGUGAUUCCAUGAUGGAAUUCUCUAAUCAAUUCAAACAUUCAUUUCACCAAGGUCUUAUUGCUGGCUUUUUUUUCACUGCAACUUUUACCAUUGUUUUUUACAUUUCCUAUUGUCUACCCACACGACUUAUGAAAAAGAGAAAAAAUAAGAACCUUCAACGUAAGAAAACAAGAGAGAUGCGCAAAUUACCUGAUCAGAAUGCAAAACAGAAACUAAAAAAAGUUGGACAAAAAGACAGAAUAAUGUUGCCUGUGGAAUUGCUAGAGAAAAGAAUACAGAUCAAUAAAGUUGGACGAUUGAGUUAUAGAAUAAACUUCACAAAAUUGUGUCAUGCAACAAAAGACUUUAGCAAGGACAAUGUCAUUGGGGUAGGAGUGACUGGAAUAAUGUACAAGGCAACACUUCAAAACGGUCGUUUCUUGGCAGUUAAGAGACUACAUGAUUCACAAUUAUCUAUUAAAAGGUUCGAGUUAGAAAUAAUGCUAUCGGGACAAUACAGUCACAGAAACAUAGUUCCUUUGAUUGGUUUUUGCUUAGAAGAACAAAAUGAAAGAAUUUUGGUGUAUCAGUACAUGCCAAAUGGAAAACUUUCUGAUUGGUUGAAUGAUGAUACUACAAAACUAGGAUGGUCAAGACUUAUCAAAAUUGCACUUGGUGUAGCAAGAGGUUUAUGUUGCUUCCAUCAUAGCUUGCAUUUGGUUCAUCUUAGAAUAAGUUCCGAGUGUAUUUUGUUAGGGAACAAUUUUGAGCCAAAAAUAUCCAAUGUUGGAGUGGCUAGUAUGAAUAAUGAUGUGGACAAAAACAUAGGACUUGAGAAGAAGGAUGUUUGUGACUUUGGUUGUUUGCUUUUUGAGUUGAUUAAGGGGAAGAAAUUUGGCCCAAUAAGUAAUGGUUUAAACAAUACUAGUGUACCUUUUUCGACAUACACGUAUCCGAAUCCUAUGAACCUAUUGGAGGACCACUCUGGGUUCUAUGAUGUAAUGGAUGAAUCUUUAAACAAGAUAGAAUUUGAAGAUGAGGUGUCUGCUCUUCUUAGAAUUGCAUGUGAUUGUGUUCAUCCUCGCCCCGAACAAAGACCUACUAUGCUUGAGGUGUAUAGCAAGAUGGGUAACAUAUGGGAGAAAGAUGAGAUUUGUGAAGAUUUUGACAUUGUUACUUCUACAAGUAGAGACACCAAUAGUUUUGGUAGUGAGUGAUUUUGGCAAGUCAAUGCCUAAAAAAAUGACACUAUUUGUGUAACCAAUAUUUUAAUUCAAAUGUCAUUUAUUAUAAUAUGAAGGUAAUGAGUAAUAUGUUAGGGGAGGUUGAAAAUGUACAUGUUGAAAAAAAUCUCACAUCGUUUAGUUUUGUAAUGAAAGAGGAGUAUAAGACUAUAAAGGAUUCAAGUUCUUCGUUACAAAAUACAUCAAUCAAAAGCACUUUAAGCUUGUAUUUAACUUUUUAUAUUUUCUUUUAUAUUCAUGUGUUAAAGUGUUAUGAGAUGUAAUUAUAUAUUUGUUUUGUGAGACGUAGGUAGACUGGCAGUGGCGGAGCCAGGAAAAUUUGAAGUCUGGGUAAAUUUUUAAAGAGCGCAAAUUCACAUUUGAUAUAAUAAUAUAUAAAUAGUCAUCAAUCAAAAUAAAAGAGACUAGUCAUUUUUUCAACAAAAGUAUAGUUUAAAAUAAAAGAGAUAAAACA